AUGGCUGCCCCUCGCCAUUCGUCCUCUGACCUUGGGUUUUUCUCAAAGUCUAAGUUCGCAAAAUCUGGCGCGUCGAGCACGACUUCUGUAGCCGUGACUACGCGUGUUGUCGCGGUCGAGCGAAUUAUCCCGAAGCCUCCAGGGGCGCUCAAGCUUGCUGCUCGUCCCUCUACACCACUCAUCGCUGCAGCGAGUUCUGGUCUGAACUCGAGCAAUAAACGAAAAAUUGAGCCCCCUGAUGUCCUACCUGGAAACGCGACGAAGAAACCACGCGUCUCGACUCCAUCUGGGGAGCGGAGAGAGGCGUCCUUAGAACCGCGUGCAUCUCUCUCCACGAGAUCUCCAGCCUCCAGCCGACAUUCAAGCCGUCAACCAUCAGCUGCGCGAUCAUCGAUGCAUCCGCAGCCUGAGGCUGAGAGCAGAUCGCGCUCAACUUCAGUUUUUCCUACCGAGGCCCCGCUCUCCCGUGAUUGCUGGAUUGGCAAGGCGUAUCGUCCUGGCCCUAAUUUCUUUUCUUCGGAGAGUGUGGUACGAAGUCUUAUGAAAACAUAUAAAACUUAUUUCUCCAACCCUUCUGACCCAAACGACAGGACGUUCGAGGCGCAUCCUACAGAAUACCCUGUGAUAGAAUUAGAAUACCCGAACAGCGGCGCAUGUGAGAGAUUUAUUUUACUCGUCCCUAAGGACAAGGACCAUUACAACCCCAUUAUGUGCCUAGAAACUUCACUGCAUACUAUUAUUCGUUGUAAGAAACCGUUCAUGUCUUUGCAUGCGCUUUUGCUUAGCGGAAUUACAGGCUAUUUAACUCCGGCACAGCAGUCCUUAUUUGGGACUCUACCUUCAACAUCUCUUGUAAACGACGAUCCUCCGGGACCAUUAUCGGCUGUACCACUCCUGUCCAUAUCCGAGGUCGUUGACGCAUCAUCGCCCUCUGUUUCUGUACUGUCUUCUGCGCCUUCUCCAGCGUCUUCGUCAUCUGAUUCUUCGUUAACAUCAUUAUCCUCAUCCUCGACCUCACUAUCUGCCGUUUCCACGUCAUCUACAUCAUCUGCAUCAUCUGUGUCUUCGCUAUCGUCGAUCUCAAUGCUUUCAUCACUUGCGGAAUUUUCUCCACCCGGAUCUCAACCUUCAGCUUCCAUUCAGCCGUCUGUGAAUUACCUUCGACUCCUCCAACGUGCAAUUAAUAAGAAGGAUGGGCCGCUAUUCCUCAAAGUUAUGGCUGCGAUCAACACGCUCUUGCGGCUUCUUAAGCACCCCCCACUCCCUGUAGACCCAUUUGAGCCGCUCUCGUCGAACUGUUUAUCCGAAGCGACUCGGUCAUGGACUAACAUACCAAAGGAUGUAGUAACACGUAUCAUUGAUGAGACGUAUCAGCGUGCUGUUGGCCCCCAUGUCGCCGAAUUGAAGCGAUACGAAGCCUUCUCGUCGGAGGUGUAUGGCGAACUCAUGCCUUCACUAAUCGCACAGAUCAUCCAAACUACAGGACUCAAAGAAGACUCGCUUUUCGUUGAUCUCGGCUCGGGUGUUGGCAACGUUGUCCUACAGGCCAGUCUGCAGACGGGAUGCCGGAGCUUUGGUAUAGAGAUCAUGCCGACACCUGCGAAAAUCGCACGUAGCCAAUUGGAGCAGCUUCGGAUGAGAUGCCAGAUGUGGGGUGUACCCAUGGGCGAAGUAGAUUUGGAGGAAGGCGAUAUGCUGAAGAGUAAAAAAGUCGACGACCUUGUCCCGAAAGCAGACGUCGUCCUUGUGAAUAACAAGGUCUUUUUAGAGGCAUUAAAUGAGGCGUUGCGGCCAAAGUUUUUAGACUUGAAAGAGGGCGCCAUUGUCGUAUCCCUUAAGCCAUUCGUUUCGUCAUCGCGGCUGACUGAACGAAAUCUUGACGACAUCAGUGCUAUUUUCAAAGUCACUGAGCGGCAUUAUUCAACAGGCAGUGUCUCCUGGGGAAGUGGCGGUGGAUCAUAUUUUAUACAUCGCGUCGACCGGGAGAGCUACGCGGAUAUCAAGCAAAAACUGGAGACCUCUCGGACGACACUGACGAGGAGCACAAGGUCGCGGCGAUAA